AGUUCCUUUGCUUGAAAAUUCAGAAUUUAAUUAUUUAAUUCUGGCUCAAAUGUGGCCGCAUACUCUCUGCUACAGUUGGAAACUUGUGUCUUUCAAAAAUACAUGCAGGCUACCGGAGAGCAAAAUUUGGACCAUUCACGGAUUUUGGCCGGCAAUUACUCAAACAACCAGACCAAAUUAUUGUUCAGACAAAGGGAAGCUCAAUCUGGAUUUGCUUGAAGAAAUUCAACAGGAAUUGGACACCAAUGGGCCAAACACGGGACUUGUGCGCAGUUUCUCAUCCCAAAUUGAACAACGAGUUAAAACUUUGGAAAUCUUCAACAGCUUUGAUGUCACUAAAAUACUGACCAAAGCGGGAUUUCACGCGGGGGGAAAAUAUUUUGCAGAAGAUCUUAUCAAAAGUAUUGAAAGUUUCACCGGAAAAAAUUGUCAAAUUGACUGCAUUUUUUAUAUUUUUAAAUUGCAGAGGCAGCGGAAGGAGUACUAUUUGUAUCAGGUUAAAAUUUGCUUCGACAAAUCAUUCAAACCCAUCGAUUGCAGCAAAAUGGUCCCGUCAAGUGAAGAAGAAGAAGAAGUAGAAGGAUAU